AUGAUAAAUUCAAGUUUAUUGUGUAUAAUACUGCUAUGCUUUUUUAAUUUUGUUAAUGGUCUAACUGACGCGGAAGCAAAAGCUGAGUUCACUAAAACAGUAUUGCGAUGCACAAAAGAGUAUCCAGUUGACAUGAUGGAACUGCUACAAUUGCAGGCUUUAAAAGUACCCAAAAAACAACAGACAAAAUGCCUGCUCGCUUGUGCGUAUAAGAAAAUUAAAACUUUCAACGAAAAAGGAAUGUACGAUCUUGAUGAAGGUUACAAGGUCGCAGAAUUAACUAAAAACGGUGAUGAACAAAGAUUAAAGAAUGGCCGAAAGUUGGCUGAAAUGUGCAAUAUUGUUAACGAUAUGGAAGUAACUGAUGGUGACAAGGGUUGUGACCGAGCCGCAUUUUUCUUUAAAUGCUUUACAGAAAACGGACAAAAGCUGGGAUUCAAAAUGUAGCCGAACGACUAAACAAAGUGAUGCUCCUACUGUUUUUGCACGAUUAAAAAACCCUAACCUUCAUUUCUUUUUUAUCA